CUUCCUCCCCAGUGUGCUGGUCCGGGUUAACGAUGGCCGGGCAAAGCGCCCUUCUGUCUGGCUGUUCGUUGUUCGGUCUCUAAGUCGUGUCUGGCUGAGUUCUAUGUAAACAGCCAACGGGAGAGGCUCCUAGAGCCCAGGGGUUUGCGACUCCUGCGAGGGCAGCGCGGGGCUGCGGCAGAGACUGGAAGGAGAUCUACCCGGAUUGGGAGGGGAGACGCGCAGAGGAAGGUGGAGAAGAGGGAUCAUGUGUGUUCCUCCAGUGUACAACCCCCCAUUUGAGUGACAAAUGACGAGGACAACCUAUAAAAACUAAGCGCAAAGCUACCCGCAUCCAUCUCCCUCUUCGCGCGUGUGCGUUUUCAACUAACUUUGGGAACUCCGCGCAGCCUCGCCUCUACCUCGGUUUCCCGCGCCCUGCCUUCCCUUUUCGGUACCUCCUCUUCCUCCAGGCAAAGGAUGGAGGCUCCCUUCAGCCCCUCAACUCCGUCGCCGGCGCCCAACCUCUCCGUACCCAUCUCGCUGGGCUGGGGUCUCAACCUGACUUCCGGACAGGGAGCCCCAGUCCCGGGGCCCCCGCCUCCGCCGCCGUCCGGGCCGCCCAGCCGCCGCGUACGCCUGGUCUGCCUGGGGGUCAUCCUGGUGGUGACGGUGGCUGGCAACGCCACAGUGCUGUGUCGCCUGUGCGGCGGCGGCGGUGGGGCCUGGGCGGGUCCCAAGCGUCGCAAGAUGGACUUCCUGCUGGUGCAGCUGGCCCUGGCCGACCUGUACGCGGGCGGGGGCACCGCGCUGUCGCAGCUGGCUUGGGAACUGCUGGGCGAGCCGCGCCGGGCCGCAGGCGACCUGGCGUGCCGCUGCGUGCACCUCCUGCGGGCGUCCGGCCGCGCCGCCUCGGCCCACCUCGUGGCGCUCAUCGCCCUCGAGCGCCAGCGCGCCGUGCGCCGCCCGCAGGGCCCGCCACUGCCCGCGCGCGCCCUCGCCGCCCUGGGCUGGCUGCUGGCGCUGCUGCUGGCGCUGCCCGCCGCCUUCGUGGUGCGCGGGGGCGCCCCCUCCCCGCCGCCGCCCGCGGCGCCCCCGCCCGCCCGCGCCUGGCCGGGGGAGCGCCGCUGCCAAGACAUCUUCGCGCCGCUGCCGCGCUGGCACCUGAUGCUCUACGCGCUCUACGAGGCCUUGGCGGGCUUCGCGGCGCCGGCCGCGGUCAUGAGCGUCGCGGGCGGCCGCCUGCUCCGCGCCUGGCGACUGCGCCCGCCCCAAGCCCCAUCGGCGGCGGCGGCGGCACCCAGGUCAGCCAGUCCCGGCCAGGGCCCCGCGCCCAACGUGCUGCCCCGUGCCAAGGUGCAGAGCCUCAAGAUGAGCCUGGUGCUGGCGCUGCUGUUCGUGGGGUGCGAGCUGCCCUACUUCGCAGCCCGGUUGGCGGCCACGUGGUCGUCUGGACCAGUGGGGGACUGGGAGACCGACGACCUGGCGGUGGCGCUGCGCCUCGUGGGGGUGGCCAACAGCGCCCUCGAUCCCUUCGUCUACCUAUUCUUCCAGGCCGGCGGCUGUCGGCUCCGGCAGCGCCUGCGGAGGCGCCUGGGCCCGCUGUGCUGCCCGCCAGAGGGGGCCGCGGAGGACGAGGAGAGGGCGCGGGGCCACCAGGCGCUCCACCGCCACCGCUGGCCCCACCCGCAUUAUCACCACGCCCGGCGGGAGCAGCCCGAGCAGGGUUACCUGCGCCCACCCCCGCCGCGCCCCCGGCCGCCGCCCUGCUCCUGCGAAAGCGUCUUCUAGGCUUUGCGACUUCGAUGGCCGGGGACAGGUCAUGUCGCUGCGGCGCUACCUCCGCGCAACACGAGGCCGGCCGGGGUCUUUCUAGCUCACAGCCACCAGGAGGGUCUCUGAGAGCCUCACCCUGAAGCUGCCCCU